AGUUCAGUUUGGAGACUCGAGUCGUUUGGUCGUGUUUUUGGUGCUUGCGACCGAAUCGUAUAAUACUUUGCCUCAUUCUCUUGGUACAUGAGGCUGGGACAUUUUUAAACAAUUUUCAAAAAUAACAGGAAUAUUUUCUCACGGGUGAAGUGUUGCAUUUUCCCUCAGUGAAGUUUUCCAUUGGGCAAAAAAAAUUCUAUAAAUUUAUUUGGAAUUUUCUGUUGAUAUAUUGAGUACUUUGCCGUGUCAUUUGCUUCCUUCAGCCGCAUCAAUUCAUCCGGCUCAACGGGAUUGCUCAAAGGGAAAGGAUGGCACUCGACGGGAAAGCAAUCAAGGAGGAAAUUCCAGACAAAGACGUCUACGAGGCUACUUCCAGGCGUGUCAAAGAUAAGGAUCAGUGCCGAACCCCAGACUCACCAGAAGGUGCCCGUGCUGUUGCUCCACGAUCACCUAUUUCGCCUCAAAUUACUCAAACCUCAACAUCCGGCAGAAAUGGUACAGGAAGCACCUCACCAAGCGUGCUCAAUGGUUCAGUGACUCCUCCACCGGCUGUUGCUCCAGCCUCCCUCUUGGCGGCCAUUCCCACCUCGGCCCAAGACAGUGGACGCGUCUUUGUGAAAAUAAGGCGCUUUCUUGGGGCUCUGGUUCAAUUUGGGCAGGACUCUGGGCCGGAUGUAGGUGACAGAGUGAGAGCUUUGGUGCUAUCUCUAGCCAGUGGUGGUCUAACGGCCGAGGAAUUCAAAGUGGCACUUCAGGAGGCAACAAACUUCCCCCUCAGACCCUAUGUUCUGCCAUUUCUUAAGGCUCAUAUGCCACUUCUUCAGCGAGAACUGACGGCUCUUGCUCGUGCUAACAACCAAUCAGUGUCGCAGUUUGUUCGCUCAAAUGAGAGUUCCGUAUUCGAAUUUGCUCACAAUUCUACUGAACAUUCAGAAAUCUUCCUCCCGAUCGAAAGUGGAAGCUUCGCGGGAAAUGGUGCUUCGAUUAAUGGCAAUGGACUCCUCCUCAAGCGUAGAGCUUCAGAUAACUUUUUCGACAGUCAGCAUCAACACGAUUGGAGCGAUCAUACACUGCCUUCGAAACGAGCACAUCAUUCUCUCAUGCUGACUUCUGGAUCAUCUGCAGCUCAUUUGCUGCCUGCCCACACGCCACUCUUCGACUACCAACUGGCGCCUCAUCUGCACAGUGACUUUGGAGCUGCGGAGAAGCCUCCUUUCAGCCGCGAUGAACGUUCUGACUUGCGUCCUCUGGAUUUCCGUGGAGGACGCUCCGAUGAGGAGUGGAAGAACAUUCACACGAUGCUCAACUGCAUAUCAGCCAUGGUGGACAAGACAAAGCGCGCCAUAACCAUCCUCCAGCAGAGAGGAGCUGAUUCCCACCAAAGCUAUCAGGAAGCCUCCCUGGCUGAAAUUAAACGUUUAACCGACGAGAAAGUGGCUGAAUUCAAGAGAAGUGCUGAAGAUGCUGUCAAUCAGGUCAAACGCCAGGCGGUGAUUGAGAUUCAGAGAGCGGUGGCAGCAGCAGAGGCGAGAGCUGUUGAGAUUGUGGCACAAGAGAGGCUCAAGAUGGACAAAUUGUUUGCAGAACUGGGCAAGGGAGCAUCCGACGCACCUCCUGAGGAGACACAAACCAAUGUGUGCUGGAAAUGUGGUCGGAAAGCCACGGAAACGUGCUCAGGAUGUGGACUGGCCAAGUACUGUUCGGCCUUCUGUCAGCACAAAGACUGGGAGCAGCACAUAAAGAUCUGUGGCACAAUUCGACUGGACCCCAAAUUAAGGACUCAUGCGCCGGCUCGUUCAUCGCCGCCGCAGUCUCAGUCGGCCACAGUGGCUAAUAGUCAGCCGGCGACGCAGUCGAGUCAGCCGACUUCGGUGGCAAACGGUGGAACGUCGACGGUGAAAUGACGGAUUAAAAUCAUGAAGCCAAAAAGGAAGUUUCUCUACUAGUCAAUUUAACCAAUUUUAGCGACGCCCAGUCAUUACAUUUCGAGUCAUUUUUAAGCAAGAGAUUCCCAAAGAAAUUAUCAGCACGUUCCAAAAGUGUUAAGGUCCCCCGGCAUCCCAAUCUUUUUUUGUUUGUUUUUAUUCCCUCAGACAAUUCCAAAUAUUUAAAAUAAAAUCGACUGAUGUUGACUAAUGUUUCCUACGAUAAUUGUGUAUUUUUAAAAAAAUAAUUAUAAAAAAAACGUAAAGAUAAUUCUCCGUUUCUUUAGAUUGUAGAAAAUUUACCGUUGAUGCAUUUACCACGCUGAGUAUAAUUUUACUUUUCAGCGGCAUUUUGAGUUGUGAAACUUCCCAAAAAAAUCAUCUAAGGACACUAAAAAAUAGUAAUUGUAAAAAAUACCUUAUUGUAUAAGUAGCUAAAAUGUGCAAUAUUAAGUAUUAAAAGAAAUAUUGAAAAAAAAACAAGAAUUCUCGUCUCUAAUCUUAGAAUUAUCAAUAGCGAUUAAAAAUGUUAAGAAAUUGUUCAGUUUUAUUUAAAGGAAAAACCAGUGUCUGGAAAAAACAAUGCACAAUGGAUAUUUCUAAUUUAUAUGAGCACCAAACACAUGUAAUGUAAUUGACUCAAUUAAAAGGAUUCUGAUGAA